AUGGCAGCUUUCGCAACAACACGAUCCGCUCGUGGAGGUGCGGAUCAAGCAUCCAACCAAGACGGAAUACCAGAAGAAUCCGAAACACAGAACCACCGAGCAGUCAACCAUUCGAGUCGCUCUGGAGAUGCCGGUGAUGUCGAGAAGUCCCUCCCCUCGCUGGACUGGGAGACCGACAGCAGCAACCCCAUGAACUGGCCCUUACGAUUCAAAAUACGACAGAUAAUCAUGCUGUCGUCGGCUGCCUUCACUGCAUCUGUCGGGACUUCGAUCAUCAGUCCCGCUCACACCCAACUCAUGGAGGAGUUCAACGUAACCAUGACCCAGGCCAUCCUGCCGUUGUCUAUGUACGUAUUUGCUCUAGGAUUAGGCCCAAUCGUCGGCGGUCCCCUCUCAGAGACGGUCGGUAGACAUCCAGUCUAUCUUGGGAGCCUUCCUCUUGGUGGACUUUUCACACUCGGCGCAGGUUUCUGUCACAACUUCGCCGGUAUCUGCAUCCUGCGCUUUCUCGCGGGGUUUUGCCUGUCGCCCAGUCUGGCCAUCGGAACCGGCACCAUCAAUGAGACAUACCAACCAUCCAAGCGUGCUCUUCCUUCAACUCUGUACAUCCUCAUGCCCUUUCUCGGCCCAGGUCUCGGCCCUGUAAUAGGCUCUUUCGUCGUAAACCGCAAAGGCUGGCGAUGGACGCAGUGGACUUUGCUGUUCUUCAUCAUCGUAUCCAUGAUUGCGACAGUAUUCGCGAAGGAGAGCUAUCACCCAGUCCUCAAACGUCGCCGCGCAAAGCAGUUAGACAUCGAUAUCUAUCCGCUGCCAUCGGCUAGCUCUCGAGCCCAUAGCUUUGUGACAACAGCCCUCAUACGCCCUGUGUGGAUGUUGUUUACGGAGCCCAUCGUCACCUUCAUCUGCCUCUACGUCGCCUGCGAGUUCGCGACGCUCUUCUCGUUCUUCGCCGCUCUGCCCUACGUCUUCGAAGUGGUAUAUGGUUUCGGCAUAGAGCAACAGGGCCUGGUCUUCAUCUCGAUUGUCGUAGGCUGUGUUCUGGGCACUCUGACGAUCCUCGCUUGCAACUUCCUACUCUACCUUCCCGAGACUAAAAAGCACCGGCCGCAUCGCACGCCGCCGGAGUAUCGUCUUUAUCCCGCCAUGAUUGGCAGUAUCGGGCUACCCUUAGGACUCUUUUGGUUCGGAUGGACGGCGCGGGAGGACAUAUCAUGGGCCAGUCCCGUCGUCGCCGUCGUUCCAUUUGCAUGGGGCAACAUUUGCCUGUUCGUCAGCACCAUACAGUACCUCGUGGACACGUACAAAAAAACGACGGUCGCCAGUGCGGCAAGUGCGAACAGCCUGGCAAGAUACAGUCUCGCGGGCGCGUUCCCGCUAUUCAUUGUCCAGAUGUACGAGAAUUUGGGGAUCGGCUGGGCGAGUAGUCUCCUAGGCUUCAUCGCAGUGGCAUUGAUGCCGGUACCUUGGGUACUCUUCAACUUCGGGCGACGCAUCAGACAGAAGAGCAGAUGCAAUACGGUGACAUUCUAA